AUGCCCGAUUCGAAAUUAAUGAUAUUUGUGAUAAUAUUCGUAACAGUUUUUGUCCAAUGCCACUCGCGACAAUCCCCCCAGUACACGUUUCAAAAUGUGACAGUUCAUCUGAAGGUCGCGAACCAGUCGCAACCGUGGAGGAAAAUUUUCAUCGCCAGAGCGACCAGCGCGAUAAGUUUCCUGAACAAAACUGGUGCCAGGGUGAAGGUUAUCCAGUUCAAGCAGCAGAGAAUACCGGUGUUAUUCAGGAAUUCCCUAAGUGAAGUGACCAAAGUGAGUAAACUGAAGCUGAAUGGAUGUGGCGUUCAGGAAAUUCAUCCAGACUUCCUUUCCAACAGAGCCAAAAUCUUCGAGUUUGACCUUUCGGAAAACGAAAUCAGGGAUAUCAAGUAUGGCGUGUUCACUGACAUCAACAUCAAAAGGCUGUACCUCAACAACAAUAAGAUCCACCAGAUCACCAACGAAGCCUUUUCCAACAUGAAGAAAUUAGAAUUGAUCAUCUUGAGCAACAACAGAUUAACUGCUUGGGAUAGCAGUUGGUUCCUCGGCACACCAGUUCGGCAUGUUGAUUUUUCAUCCAAUUUAAUCGAGGAACUACCCCAAGGUGCUUUCGAUUAUUUCCAAGAAUUCAAGAAGAAAACCUACGGAGAAUUCUUCUACAUCAACUUCAACAACAACUUACUGACCAAGCUACGAAAAGGAACGCUGCCUGAGGUAAAUUCUUUGUGGUUCCUUUUCCUGGAGAAGAACUUCAUCGAAGAGAUAGAGUAUGGUUUCUUCAGUGGUAUCAAGAAGAUGGAAGCUCUGAAGUUGGGAAACAAUCGGUUGAGUAUCUUCGACAGUCAUCUCCUUGAGGAUUUGAAUCUGAGAUAUUUGAAAAUUGACACUAAUUACAUUCAAAAUAUCGACGUUAAUAUAACGGAAAUAUUGAAUAUAAGCAAUAAUCCUCUGAGUCAGGAGUGCAGGAUGCAAUGGAAUGAGAGGUUGAUAAGAGAUAGAGCUCGUUUUGAAAGAUUCUUUUACGUUUCUUGA